UGUGUUCCUUUUACUUAUGCAAAGAAAAACGACUCCUGGUGAAAAUCUGAUUAUCGCAGGACCGACGCCGAAGAAAGAAAGAAACGUGACUUUCCCAUAUGUUUUCUUUCAAAAUGGAAGAGCUUUUGGUUCGAAGUUUCUUGCCGGACUUGCCAUGCUGGGUUCAUUAAAGUUUCAAACGCAAUAACCUUCUCCUAUUUUCGGCUUUUUAUUUCACUUUUUGAUAGAGGUACGAACUAUCGUAGGUUCCUCCAAUAUUCAUGAACAUUUUGUUACUCGCAAGUGGAACUGACACUUGGUUCAAUGUAAGAAAAAUAAAAUUCAAAAUCUAUCUUGAUUAUCUUUUAAUUUCUUAUACUUUGACCUUAGUUUUUAUAAUCCUUUAAAAUAUCUAUUCAAUCGAAAAUAAGAAAAAAAGCUGAAAAUUUGGAUUUCAGAAAAAACAGGCAAAAAGCCGAAUUUCGGCAAGUUUUUUCGAGAUAACACCAGACAAUUAUGACAAUUCUGACAAUUUUUACAAUUCUGACAAUUUUGACAAUUUUUAUGACUCUUAUUUCAAAUUUUUUGAAAGUUUUUCUUACGGUGAGCAACGACACAACUUUUUCAGCUUUCUACUACGUACCUCUUAAAAACUUAUCACCAUCUACACCAUGUACUAAGAUGUUCAGGAUUCGGCAUUCACUAAAAGCCUCUACGUCCAAUUCUGAAGAAAAAAACAAGAGAUUCGUUGUGAUAAAAUACUCUUUUGCUGAGCCAUUACACUUAUGUAUACAAAUAAAACGAGAAGUAAAAACAAAACAUGAGUAAAUGUAGAAAACAGUUGAAUGAAAUGGAAAGCCCCAGAAAAUAAUGAAAAAAAAAACAUUGAUCACACCAAAGAGUGGCUUACCACUUUUUAAUUGAAGCGGAUUUUUCAAAAUCAAACUUACUCAUACGAAACUACAGAGACAGCAAAUUUCAAAACUCCAAACCAAAAAAAAAACUGGAACAGAAUCUAACCAGCGAAGAAGAACGUGAUUCUUCGAGACAUUCGUCAAGGACUGAUGCAGCUCAAUCGAGACUCGAGAGAUGACACCUACAUGUACGACGAUGCGAUUGUUACCAGUAGUGGGAUGCGGAUGCCCCAUCAGGGUCACUGGUAUGAUGAGCCCCCGUAUGAGAGCGAUCCGGAUGAUUUCCUGAUGUCCGGGAUGCGGUACGCAGGAGGUGGAGGCGUGGGCGUUGGAGGAGCGCCAGGAGGGCCCUCGGCCACGAUACAGGGAAGUCGCGUUUGCUACACCUCUAAUGGAAGGGAAGGCCAAGGCGUGAUAUCGCUCCGGUCGGCCGGGGACAUUUCGAUACCGCAGCGAGGUCCCGUAAGGCGGGGGCUCAUCGUGCCCCAGCAACCCCCGAACCCGCCGACCAUCAUCCCGCUCAAGCAUGCACGAUCUCACGACCGAGAAAGCGGUGACUAUGCCGGAUCUAUAUCGGACCUACACAGUGUUACCUCCCGGCUUAGCCAAGUUUCGAAUCAAACAAUCAAGCUACUCCUGUCGUUCAACAUCUUCUACAUCAAAAUGAAAUCAUCAACAUCAACCAUCAAAGUCAUUGUCACUUGUCACCCGAAGGAGCUCCGAGGCUAUUCUGCUGGCCUCUCAGCCAACACAAUAUGGAAGGUCGUUAUCGCGUUCUUUAUCAACUUAAUAAACGAUAUCAUUAUCCUUAAUGAUGGAGGCGAGUAUCUGAAGACUGGCUGCCUGUCCGGAACUGGAAAGGGGGGAUGA